UAGAUUCAAGUGCUGCCUUUGAUACUGCAGUGCAUGAUUUACUGUUAGAAGAGCUGCAAAUUAUAGAAGUUAGAGGGCGUGCACUGCAGCACCUGAGGAGCUGCCUUGUGAAUAGGAGCUUUGUGUCCAAGUGGUGAACUCUUUUUCCGAGCAUCAUCAACUCAACAAAGGUGUUCCCCAGGGGAGUGUGUUGGGGCCAGUAUUAUUUAGUAUUUAUACUACAGAACUGUCUUUUAUUUUAAGGUAAUAUGGUGUAAUUUUUGCUCUCUUCGCCGAUGAUACUCAGUUUUAUUUGACGGUUAACAACAUUUUAGAUACAGAAAAUGUAGUGACAAGAGUUAUGAGUCUUAUUAAAGGAUGGAUGAAUAAAAAACGGUUGAAAUUAAAUGAAGAGAAGACUGAAUGUUUGUUUGUUGGAAAAAAAAAAAGAGUGGUCUUAGAAGGUUCAAUGAAGUGCAAAGUUUAAAUGUAAAUGAUACAAAUAUUUAUUUAUUUGAUAAAGUUAAGGAUUAGGGAGUCAUAGUUGAUAAGUAUUUGAGCUUAAAUGACCAAAUAAAUGAGGCUGUGAGAGUGGCAAGGUAUAAUCUGAGGAAUAUUGCCUUCAUAAGGAGAUAUUUGGAUGAACAUUCUGUCAAGAUUCUGAUUCAGAAUCAUGUAAUAACAAAGCUGGACUACUGCGGCUCAUUAUGUUAUAACUUGCCAAAUUAUCAACUAAAGAAAUGACAACUAACAAUGAACAGAGCUGCCAGGAUGACAAAGCAUGUGUCAUCUCGCAACAGAAUGACGCCUUGCUCAGUGAUUUACAUUGCUUGUCGAUAAAAGCUCGGAUCGCUUAUAAAAUUUGUGUACUAACUUGCCAAGUCAUGAACACUGGAAAGCCUGUUUAUUUGAGAAAGUUGUUGCAUUCCUUUGAGGUUAAUACAAAUGUUGUGGUGAGGCACGCAGCAGAUGAGUACUGGCUAAAUGAGCUGAGAUGUAACCCGGAUGUGGUUCAGAGCCUUUCAAGUGCGUGCUCCAAGACUACAAUAGGCCUCCAGUACAGGUCAAGGCCAGCAAUGACACUGAACUUUUUAAGAAAAGAUAUGACUAGUUUAGUUAGUCAGAUAUGACUAACUAAACACUAUAUUGUAUAAAACUUUUUUAUGUGCAAUUUGUUUGUCUGAUUAUUUAUACUAGCAUGUAUCCGAUUUUUUUUUUUUUUUUACAGUAUCUUAUGUAAUACUCUGCUAAGCAUCAUUCAUAUUUGCAUAUUUAAAUUCAAUUACUUGAUAAUAGAAGCUCUGUAGAGCGCCACUGGUUGGCGGAAUAGAGUCUGAAUGUUGCGAUAAAGAAUAAAGUGGAAAUUUUGACAAUCUGUCAGUGAAACCAUAACAGUUCCCUUCAAGACCAAUGUAGCUUGCACUAGUCUUCAAUGUAGUGGUGCUGCGCCGAAGUAUUUAAAAAUAUGGUAUACAACAACAACAACAACAGCAACUACUACUACUACUACUACACCUUUCUGUAAGUUUGUUUAAUAUUUUGAAUCUCUCUGUUGACUGUACUGGUAUCUGAGGAGUAGGACGGGUGGAAUAGCAGUAAUAGCAGCGGAAGUAGUAACAAUGGCAGUGCAAGGAUGAAGAACAGAAAAGUUACCCCUUUAAUUUAACAUUUUUCUUUCAUGCAAGUUUUUAGCAGUAACUAUGAAAUUAUUACUAUUCUCUCGGGUGGCUGUGGAGGAGAACGAGAACGAGGACGAGAAAGAGAAGAGAGAAGAGGAGGAAGGAAUGACAGACAAACUUACCGACAGACUAAAGCACAACUCAAGAAGAAGCAGAAGAAGAAGAAGAAGAAGAAGAAGAAGAAGAAGAAGAAGAAGAAGAAGAAGAAGAAGGAGAAGAAGAAGAAGGAGAAGAAGUGAUAAUAUUUGGAAGGAAAUAAAGGAAAAAUACAUAUCAGUAGUGGUCAAACAAAAACAGAAAAGAAAGAAAGAAGGAAAAAGAAAAGAAAAAGGAAGGAAUGACAAGAAAGACAGACGUAGAGAGAGAGAAAGAAGGAGAAAAUAAAUAAAUAAACAGCCAGACAGUAGUAGGUACAUAAAUAAAUCAUCAAAUAAACACAGAAAUAAAUAGAUAAAGAAAGAAAGAAAGAAAGAAAGAAAAAGGAGAGAGAAAGCAAGGAAAACCGCAACACACAAAACAAAGAGAGAUAAAGAAAUAAGAUAAAACAGAAAGACAGACAAGGAGACAAGAAGAAGUAGAAGAGCAACAACAACAACAACAACAACAACAACAACAACAACAACAACAACAACAACAACAACAACAACAACAACAACACAGACCCACACACAAUGCCAAUCACACUGUUAAUAGACAGCCACGGAGGAGGAGGAGGAGGAGGAAGAGAAGAAGAAGAAGGAGGAGGAGGAGGAGGGGAAGGGGACAUGGAGAAACAAAAUGACAUCAACCUUAUUCAAAUCAAACCAAACGAAUAUCCAGACACUUCUAAUCAUUUCCUUGCAACUUUCCUGUCCACCCCAAGCUCACUCAGUGCCCACAAUAACACCACGGGCAACCAAGACUACUACGAUUAUUAUUUUUAUGAUUAUGAGGAGUCCCUAAGCACCUUUCACUGGGACCAGCUCUUGCCGCCUCUCACUGUUUAUGUUGUCACCUUCCUGCUUGGUGUCAUUGGAAAUUCAUUGAUUAUAUACACCAUUUUCAGGUACAGCGGAAUGAAAAGCACAACCAAUGUCUUCUUAGCAUCACUAGCCUCUGCUGACCUGUUGCUUAUUCUCGUCUGUGUCCCCGUCAAGACGGCUAAGGUGUUCGCUUACUCGUGGACCGUCGGGUGGUUCCUGUGCAAGGGCAUCCACUACCUGCAGAACCUCUCCGCUAUUUGCUCCGUCCUCACCCUCACCGCGAUGAGCAUGGAGAGGUACUACGCCAUACUGUUUCCCUUCCGCGCCAAGUACAUCCUGACGGUGCACCAGGCCCAGAGGUGUACCGGAAUGGUGUGGGUACUCUCCUGUCUACUGGCUACUCCUAUACUGUUCGUGCAGGUACACAGUCGGGUCGGGGUGAGGGUGGAGAGUUACUGGUGCCACAGAGACUGGGAUGCCGUGCUGCUGUGGCGAGGCUACGAGACAUACAUGCUGGUUCUGGUUCUCCUGCUGCCCACCCUGGUCAUGGCCUUUGCCUACUCUGCUAUUGGGUACAAGCUCACCAGGGUCAUGAUAGAGCGCUCUUCUCUCGUAGGCGGGUCUUCUCACAGCCCCGGAGGAGAAUCUCAUCCCCUUAAUUCUGCGAGGGUGUCCAGCAGAGCGAGGGAGGAUGACAGGGAUAAGCGCCAGCAGAUCGUGACGAUGCUGUUCGUGGUGGUGGUGCUGUUCAUCACGUGCUGGUCGCCUCUGCUCAUCACCAACAUGCUCCAGGCUUGGGGGUUCCUGGAGCCUUACGAUCAUAGGCCAUUCUAUAAACACCUGUACAACGCUGUCCACCUGCUCGCAUAUUUUAACAGCUGCAUCAACCCUAUAGUGUACGGGUUCCUGUCUAAGAAUUUCCGUGAGAGCUUCUACCUGGCCCUCUGUCCCUGUCUCCGCCCCCCACGCCCUCCCGUCCGCCAGGUGUCACUAUCCCACACACGCACCACUUCUGUCGGGUAUAAGGAAAGCUUUCGUCUCAGUGUGAGGUACUCCAACAGAGCAACUAAUGUGUGAAGAACAGGAGGGGGAGGAAGACGAGGAGGAGGAGGAGGAGGAAUGGGGAAGAGAAGGGAGAGAUAGAAGAGGAGCAAGAUGGGUACGAAAGAGAGAGAGAGAGAGAGAGAGAGAGAGAGAGAGAGAGAGAGAGAGAGAGAGAGAGAGAGAGAGAGAGAGAAUGUUUGUGUGUGUGUGUGUGUGUGUGUGUGUGUAGUAAGCAAAAUGUUAUUGUAUUAAGUCUAAUGUAAAUAUUUUCCGUAAGAUAAGGUACUACUACUACUACUAUUACUACUACUACUACUACUACUACUACUACUACUACUACUACUACUACUACUACUACUACUGCUGUUACUACUACUACUACUACUACUACUACUACUACUACUACUACUAUGACAAUCAAUUUUUGUCUCAUAUCAAGGUACAAAUGAUAUAAUUGUAAUUGUAGUUAUAAGUAGAGAGAGAGAGAGAGAGAGAGAGAGAGAGAGAGAGAGAGAGAGAGAGAGAGAGAGAGAGAGAGAGAGAGAGAGAAACAAGUCUAUCUUUAUUUUUCAUCAUUAAUCUUAAGAGAGUGAGAAAUAACAUGUUAUUCUCUCUCUCUCUCUCUCUCUCUCUCUCUCUCUCUCUCUCUCUCUCUCUCUCUCUCUCUCUCUCUCUCUCUCUCUCUCUGGCCAAAAAUUCCACAUAUAUUUAGGUCCACCUUUCAAAAUACCCAAAAGAAAACGAGAUAUAGAAAACAGUAGUACCUUUAAUGAUGAGGUCUUGAACACACCUGUCUCUGUACCUGUGUAGCUGUAGUGACUGUGCUGUGUAGCCUGUAGGUAAUGUGCUGCUGUGCUGUUGAUAUAAAGGUGUUGCUGGCUGGUGGACUAAUACUACUACUACUACUACUAUUACUACUACUACUACUACGUUAUUAUUGCCACUUUUCUUUCUGUUACUUCCAUACUUUCUACUACUACUACUACUACUACUACUACUACUACUACUACUAUUACUACUGGUGCUUUAUUUUCGUGAUGGUAAAGGUCGUGGUGAAGAAUAACAAUGAUGAUGAUGAUGGUGAUGAUGGUGAUGUGUUUGUAAUAACUUUAGAAGACAAUUAAUAUGGUGCCAUGUAAGUGUGUACGUGUGUGUGUGUGUGUGUACAUAUAAGUGUAUAGGUGUUGAUGGCUGUAGUAAUAUUCUGAUGAUGAUGAUGAUGAUGAUGAUGAUGAUGAUGAUGAUGAUGAUGAUGAUGACGUUUCCCUUAAUAUAAUGUCAUUUGUUCUUA